AGCCAUUUUCUGCUCUUUGUGUGGGGCGGAUUAGCGGACAGCGACCGAGCUGAGAGCAUCAGUUGCUGGAUACUGACCGAAGCGCCGCCGUCGUGUUUCUAAGCCGCUCUGCGCUCAUUGUCCGGUCGUUUGUCGUGCGGACAUGCGAUUUGCAGGCUGGACUGCUUUGUGAGUGAACGAGCGCAGCCAUGACGACCCACGUGACUCUGGAGGAUGCGCUGUCCAACGUGGACCUGCUGGAGGAGCUCCCGCUCCCCGACCAGCAGCCAUGCAUCGAGCCUCCGCCCUCCUCCAUUAUGUACCAGGCAAAUUUUGAUACCAACUUUGAGGACAGAAACGCCUUUGUGACUGGUAUCGCCCGGUACAUUGAACAGGCCACGGUCCAUUCCAGCAUGAAUGAAAUGCUGGAGGAGGGACAUGAAUACGCUGUCAUGCUGUACACCUGGAGAAGCUGCUCAAGAGCCAUUCCUCAGGUGAAGUGUAAUGAACAGCCAAACAGAGUGGAGAUCUAUGAGAAGACUGUGGAGGUGCUGGAACCUGAGGUCACCAAGCUCAUGAAGUUCAUGUACUUCCAGCGUAAGGCAAUUGAGCGUUUUUGCAGUGAGGUGAAGCGCCUGUGUCACGCUGAACGCAGGAAAGACUUUGUGUCUGAGGCUUACUUGCUUACCUUGGGCAAAUUCAUCAACAUGUUCGCAGUUCUGGAUGAACUCAAGAACAUGAAGUGCAGUGUCAAGAAUGACCACUCUGCUUACAAAAGAGCCGCUCAAUUCCUCAGAAAGAUGGCUGAUCCACAGUCUAUCCAAGAAUCCCAAAACCUUUCCAUGUUCUUGGCCAAUCACAACAGAAUCACACAGUGUCUGCAUCAGCAGCUGGAGGUGAUCCCUGGCUAUGAGGAGCUCCUGGCAGACAUUGUUAACAUCUGUGUGGACUACUAUGAGAAUAAGAUGUACUUGACACCCAGUGAGAAACACAUGCUACUCAAGGUGAUGGGGUUUGGGCUUUAUCUGAUGGAUGGAAACGUGAGCAACAUCUACAAGCUGGACGCCAAGAAGAGAAUAAACCUCAGUAAAAUCGACAAGUUCUUCAAGCUCCAGGUUGUGCCUCUGUUUGGUGACAUGCAGAUUGAGCUGUCUCGCUAUAUCGAGACAAGUGCCCACUAUGAGGAGAACAAGUCAAAGUGGACUUGCACCCAGAGCAGCAUUAGUCCCCAGUAUAACCUGUGUGAGCAGAUGGUGCAGAUCCGAGACGAUCACAUCCGCUUCAUCUCAGAGUUGGCACGUUACAGUAAUAGUGAGGUGGUCACAGGCUCCGGCUUGGACAGCCAGAAAUCUGACGAGGAGUACAGGGAGCUGUUUGAUCUGGCACUCAGAGGUUUGCAGCUACUCUCCAAGUGGAGCACUCAUGUCAUGGAGGUGUACUCAUGGAAACUUGUACACCCCACUGAUAAGUUCUGCAAUAAGGACUGUCCUGGCACAGCUGAGGAGUAUGAGCGUGCUACGCGCUAUAACUAUACCAGUGAGGAGAAAUUCGCCUUGGUGGAAGUGAUUGCCAUGAUCAAGGGCCUGCAGGUGCUGAUGGGCCGCAUGGAGAGCGUGUUUAACCAGGCCAUCAGGAACACUAUCUAUGCUGCGCUGCAGGACUUCGCUCAGGUCACUCUGAGAGAGCCACUUAGGCAGGCAGUGCGCAAGAAGAAGAAUGUCCUAAUCAGCGUUCUACAGGCCAUUCGGAAGACCAUCUGUGACUGGGAGGGAGGCAGGGAGCCACCUAAUGACCCUUGUCUAAGGGGAGAGAAGGACCCCAAAGGAGGUUUUGAUAUCAAAGUGCCCCGCCGUGCUGUAGGCCCCUCAAGCACACAGUUGUACAUGGUGCGAACCAUGCUGGAGUCUCUGAUCGCAGACAAGAGUGGCUCUAAGAAGACCCUGCGCAGCAGCUUGGAUGGCCCCAUAGUUCAGGCUAUAGAAGACUUUCAUAAGCACUCCUUCUUCUAUACCCAUCUCCUCAACUUUAGUGAGGCCCUUCAGCAGUGCUGUGACCUGUCACAGCUUUGGUUCCGAGAGUUCUUCCUGGAGCUCACCAUGGGGCGUCGCAUCCAGUUCCCCAUUGAGAUGUCCAUGCCCUGGAUCCUCACUGACCAUAUUCUGGAGACAAAAGAACCCUCCAUGAUGGAAUAUGUGUUAUAUCCUUUGGAUCUUUAUAAUGACAGUGGAUAUUACGCUCUAACCAAGUUUAAGAAGCAGUUCCUCUAUGAUGAGAUAGAGGCUGAGGUGAACCUGUGUUUUGAUCAGUUUGUGUACAAAUUGGCUGAUCAGAUAUUUGCUUACUAUAAAGCAAUGGCUGGAAGUGUUCUCUUGGACAAGCGUUUCCGAGCAGAAUGUAAGAACUAUGGAGUGAUUAUCCCUUAUCCCCCCUCUAACCGCUAUGAGACACUGCUGAAACAAAGACAUGUGCAGCUCCUGGGUCGUUCCAUUGACCUGAACAGACUGAUCACCCAGAGGAUCUCAGCAGCCAUGUAUAAAUCCCUGGACCAUGCAAUCAGCCGCUUUGAGAGCGAAGACCUCACAUCUAUAGUGGAGCUUGAGUGGCUGCUGGAAAUAAAUCGACUGACUCAUCGGCUGUUGUCCAAACACAUGACCCUGGACAGUUUUGACGCCAUGUUCCGAGAGGCCAACCACAAUGUGUCCGCUCCAUAUGGCCGCAUCACACUGCACGUCUUCUGGGAGCUCAACUUUGACUUUUUGCCAAACUACUGCUACAAUGGCUCCACCAACAGAUUUGUGCGCACAGCCAUUCCCUUUACCCAAGAGCCUCAGCGAGAUAAGCCUGCCAAUGUUCAGCCUUACUACCUUUAUGGCUCUAAGCCUCUGAACAUUGCAUACUCCCACAUCUACAGUUCCUACAGGAACUUUGUGGGUCCCCCGCAUUUCAAAACCAUCUGCCGUCUCCUUGGUUACCAGGGCAUUGCUGUAGUGAUGGAGGAGCUGCUGAAAAUUGUCAAGAGCUUGCUCCAGGGCACCAUUCUUCAGUAUGUGAAGACUCUGAUAGAGGUGAUGCCGAAGAUCUGCCGUCUGCCUCGCCAUGAGUAUGGAUCUCCAGGUAUCCUGGAGUUUUUUCACCAUCAGCUCAAGGAUAUAAUUGAAUACGCUGAGCUAAAGACUGAUGUGUUUCAAAGCCUAAGGGAGGUUGGCAAUGCAAUCCUCUUCUGCCUCCUUAUUGAGCAAGCUCUGGUGGUAAGGAAUUAGGUCUAACUCAUGUAACAAAAUCACACAAAGACCAAUAGCACACCGUCUCUGGUCGCUGUCGCUUUUUGUUUCAUUUUACAUAUUGUUUCUGGUGCCCUAUUCUGCCAUGGAUUCAGAAGAUGAUAUGAUCACAGUCCCAAGAUUAAGCAAAGUUAGCUUCAUGUUGUUUAACAAGGUUUGCACAAGGUUUGUAUUCAGAGAUACUUAGUUUUUGGGCAGAACAUAAUAAAAUACUGAAAGCACUGAAGCACAGAGCUGUCACAGUUUUCAAGCAAUGUAACCCUGUCUGUGGUAGAAUAUGCAAAUAUUUUCCUGUACAAUAAUAUCACAUGUACAAACAUAUAACAGUAUAAUGAAGCUGAGAAUGCUCAGCAGUGUGGUUUCGUUUCUCCAGGACAGGCACCAGUAAUAUGGUGCAGAUCAUUUUGACACCAUUAGUUAAAGAGAAAUGCUUUUUUCAUGUCCUCUGAAUCCUUGGCAUUAUGGAAUACUUUCUGGCUGCUGGUGAUUGUCUUGCUCUGAUGCACUGAUCUAACGUUCAUGCACUUUGCUAUUCAGUGAGUUGUAAUAUUCUGAUGCUUGCCUUUAAUUUCCGUGUUAAAUGUAUCUUCUUCUUUCUUUUUUUUGAAGUGUACUUUGUGACAGCCGAUCACUGCACGCUGAUCUAUCAUUGACACACUCUCGUUCUGCACAGGGCACAAAUCUGCUGCUCAUUGCUUGGUUCAUUAUUGUGUUUGAAAUGACAUGACAAAGUCAGUGUGCCCUCAUUUCACUAAAACUAAUCACAUUAAACGUUUAAUUUUUUUCAGGGUCCUUGUCCUCCGAAUGCGUACAAUCUGUAUUUUAUGCUAUGAUGUUAUGCUGUGAUAACAAGUUUCUUCUUAUCUACCAACUGAUGUUUCUGCCUGCCUGUGAGAGUUCAUGUGUUUUAAUCACCACACAAUUCCUGAAGCCAUACAUUUCAGUAACGUUUUGUGAUCUAAUCGUUUCAUAAUAUGUGUACCUGAUUUACACCAAGUUGUUAGUUUAUUAUCUACACCCACACUGUAUGUACACUCCACCAUUAUGUCAUAUUUACAGUCCCCCCAGAAUUUCAGGAGAUUUUUUUUUGUGAUUGUUUUGGCCAAAAAUUCUUGAUUGUUUUGAAAUUCUUGAAUUCAUACUUUUUUUGUGGAAAUUUACUUGAACUGGCAAAACUGCAAUCACAAGAACUCCUACGAGUAAAGACACAAAACGUCCUAGAAUAGCUGCACUCAUGUUCAAAGCACAUAUUUAUACCACACAGUGACCUAUGAAAUGGUCAGUGAGUACAGAUAUGAGGUAGGUAUAUCUAAUGAACUGGCUAAUAAAUGUAUUUUAGGUGUUAUGAUAAAAAAAUGUGACAAAAAUAGUCUUAAACAAGCUAGACUGUAGUUUAGGGCACCAUGGAUUUUAUAUACAUUUUAUGACUUGGCCCAAAUCUGUGGAAAAUCUGAAGAAAUGUUGAAAAAUUGCAAACUCUUUCAAAUAUCACAGAGUUGAUUUUGAUUUUGUGUUUAUUUGUACGGUUAAAAAAUCAUGACAUUCCUGGAGAGACUGUAAAGAGCUACCUUUUAUGUAAUUACAGACUAUAGUCCGUCUGCUGGUGUGUACAGUAUGUCAGUCCCUUUCUCCUCCAUCCAUUUGUGGAAAUGGUUCCCCAUUGGACCAUUGCUAUGAUCAGAAACUAAAACUGGAGUUAGAGGAUAACCAACACAAAUUGUGCAUGAAACAAGGAGAUUCACUCUCAAACUGUACUCCUCCAUGGCAUGGUCUACUAACCAAGUUUGUAUGUAAUCAAGUAUGAGACUUUAAAUCACCACAUAUACACUAACUGUGUAUGUAUUGUGAAACCAUGUCAUAUUUGUGAAACACCACUUAAAUAAUAUCUCCUCACUGAUGAUCCUAGGGUACUUCCUUUACACUAAUGGAUGGUAUAGAGGCUGCAACAGAUGGACUACAGUAUUUAUAACACACAGUGAUUUUUAAAAUGAUCAGUGAGUACAGAUAUAAGUUAGGUGUAUCUAAUAAACUGGCAACUGAGUGUAUUAUAGGAUUUAUGAUAAAAAAUGUGACAAAAUUUGUUUUAAAGAAGCUGGAAUAUAGUUAGGAAACUAUAGAUUUCACACAUCAUCUGUAGAGUAUAUAAUCUCUGGAUGACAUCCAGUUUCCACACUGCAGUUUGUGUGGUUUCUGUAUUUUCACAGUGGACCCAGGAUUUAAGCCUUUGUUAUGCAGUUUUGUUGCUCACUAGAUUUCUCUGGUGGUUUGUUUUCAUUUUAGUCCCAGGAAGAAGUCUGUGAUCUCCUUCACGCAGCUCCAUUCCAGAACAUUCUCCCCAGAGUCUACAUCA